GGAACAAACCAAUCCUGUUGGAGUAAAGAGAGGGGAGGGGGGGGCAGAAAAUCCCGACCUGUAAGCAAACAGCAGGCCGUUCUCUGACUGGCUGCUCCAGCCACCCAACCCUCUUUCCAAGUAAACUGCAUUAAAAAAAAAAAAAAAAAAGAGAAAAAAAAGCAGCCCACAUGACCCCGGCCGCGGCGGCAGCGGUGGUGGCUGGGCGCGGGCCGGCGGCACCUCCCCCUGCGCGGUCCGGAGCUCACACCCGCGCUCCCGCCGCCCGUCUGCCCCGCGCCCUGCGCUACUCGCCCCCCCGCCGCCGCGCCGCCCACGGCCACGUUCACGCGCGCGGCCUCGCGCUCCGGUGCGGCUGCGGCUCGGUCGCCGCUGCUGUCGGCUGUACACGCAGGUCAUUAACGAGGGGGCGUGCCCGAGGAGAUUUUUCCCAUAAAGCAUUUUUUCUGUCUUUUUUUUUUUCUCUUUUGCAAAACUGACUUUUACUCCUUUCCAAUUCUCGCCAGUCGUUUCCAUCCCUCCCGGGCUGCUCGUGCUGCUGCUCCUAAGUUCAUUUUCCCGCCUGGUAGGGGUUUUAGGAUUCGGUUGGUGGUUUUCACUUCUUGUUGCUGCUGUGCCCAAGGAGGGAAAGAGGAGCAGCUGCAGGAGAAUUGGGGAGGUUUUCUGAUGUAGUCAUCGGGGAAGUGCCACUCGCUCUGCGUCCUCUCUUUUUUUCUCUCUCCCCAUUUCAAACUGAUUGAUGCAUCUCGACAAGUUGCCGGGCUUGGGGCCGGACACGUCGGAGUCGCGGAGAGACUUGUGAGAGCUCACCGGGGCUCUUGGCACCGCGUCUGUGGGCUCAGUCUUGCUCCAAGAAGGCAACCGGGGACUGACACCAGCCUGUCCAAGGAGUUGGAGGGAUUCAUUUAAGAGUGAUUGUUUCCCCUCGCGGUCUCCAGCCGAGCAGUUGGGUUGGCGUCGUCCUGCAGGCUUUGGGCACCCCAGCUCCGCCCGGCUGUCUGGUUCGUAACCUGCGCUCCUCAGUCACCCUGGUGCACCCACGCCCGAGAAGUCGCCGAGGCUCCGCCAGCGCUCUGGGUGUAGUCUCCCGCCGCCGCCGCCGCAGUCUACUCCGCCGGAGGACCUGCCGGCAGACGCGAAGAGCCAAACUUUUCUUUGAGGUUUGCGAGGCACUACUGCCCCUCACUAGCUUAGCUGCUGCUUAACCAGUUCCAGGGCGCCGGCGGGGCUAGGUUUUUGGCUUCGGAUUCCCACCCUUCCUCGGCGCACCGCCCCGAACCGCAGCACCUACACUCCUGCGAGAUUUCCAAAGGUUGCCAGGUUAAGGCACAGACGAGGCGGGGAAGGAGUUCUCACACUCCUGGGGUCCACAGGCGUAAGUCCCCAUCGACGCGAAGCCGUCCUCCUGCAGUUUCCCACCGGCCGCAAAAGUAACUUGGAGCGAAGCGGGGCACAGUGCGCGGGCCCUGGGCGGCGGCGGAGCCGUGAGCAGCCCGCGGCGCCAACGCUGAGCCGGGCCCGGCGGGCCAGUGUAUGUCUCCCCGCGGCCGCGGCGCGCAACUCCCGGUGACUGUGCAGCGUGCGCCGCCGCCUGCCCCGACCCGCGCUGCUGCCGCCCGGCCCGGCGCGCACCUCCUUCUCCCGGGGUGACCGGCCUGCUGCCGCUGCUCGGAACAGCUUGGCCCCCCUUCCCCGCCCUCGCCGCCUCCACCGCACACACGCACGCUUCUCUCCAUCUUGUGAUUCCUUUUUUCCUCCUGAACCAACCAACCCUCCAGCGGGGGUACGAGUUUGUCUUUAUUCUCCUCUCCACCGCAUUCUUUUCUUCUCGUUAUCCUCCCCCUCCCCAGCUUGGUGUGCGCCACUUUCUUUUCUCGCUCCUCUUCUUUUUUUAAAUUUAUUCAUAUUUAUUUGGCUCCGGCUUUCGCGCGCUCUCUCUUCCCUUCUCUGCCUCCGUCGCUCUCUCCCUCCCUCCGGAUCCCUGCUUUCUCCCCGGAGUGGCGCGUCGGGGGCUCCGCCGCUGGCCAGGCGUGAUGUUGCACGUGGAGAUGUUGACGCUGGUGUUUCUGGUGCUCUGGAUGUGUGUGUUCUGCCAGGACCCGGGCUCCAAGGCCGUCGCCGACCGCUACGCCGUCUACUGGAACAGCAGCAACCCCAGAUUCCAGAAGGGCGACUACCACAUUGACGUGUGCAUCAAUGACUACCUGGAUGUUUUCUGCCCUCACUAUGAGGACUCUGUCCCAGAAGAUAAGACUGAACGUUAUGUCCUCUACAUGGUGAACUUUGAUGGCUACAGUGCCUGCGACCAUACUUCCAAAGGAUUCAAGAGAUGGGAAUGUAACCGGCCUCACUCUCCAAAUGGACCACUGAAGUUCUCUGAAAAAUUCCAGCUCUUCACACCCUUCUCUCUAGGAUUUGAAUUCAGGCCAGGCCGGGAAUAUUUCUACAUCUCCUCAGCAAUCCCCGAUAAUGGAAGGAGGUCCUGCCUAAAGCUCAAAGUCUUUGUGAGACCGACAAAUAGCUGUAUGAAAACUAUAGGUGUUCAUGAUCGUGUUUUCGAUGUUAACGACAAAGUAGAAAAUUCAUUAGAACCAGCAGAUGACACCGUACAUGAGUCAGCCGAGCCAUCCCGCGGCGAGAACGCGGCACAAACACCAAGGAUACCCAGCCGCCUUUUGGCAAUCCUACUGUUCCUCCUGGCGAUGCUUUUGACAUUAUAGCACAGUCUCCUCCCGUCACCUGUCACAGAAAACAUCAGGGUCUUGGAACACCAGAGAUCCACCUAACUGCUCAUCCUAAGAAGGGACUUGUUAUUGGUUUUUUGGCAGAUGUCAGAUUUUUGUUUGUUUCUUUCAGCCUGAAUUCUAAGCAACAACUUGGGGCCAGGAGGGGCUAACGAACGUGGUUGCUGCCUCCCUCACUACCGCCCCCCACCCCCAGCCCCUGCCCCUGACUUCUCUCACCCUUUCCAAAUUAAAUGGACACCAGAUGAAAAAGCCAAAUUGUAGGGACACCAGUGGUCGUCAGCUCCCGUGCAGUCUCCUCUAAGCGCUCACCACCGGUACUGCCCUGGGUCUGCGGUAUACGGGCCGGGAAGAAUAGUGGCAGCUGCAGCCAGUGACGGCGAGGCCCAGGAGGGUUUCACUCUCCCACACGAUAUUUAUGCCUCUCAUUCAGGACUGUAAGAUGAUCGUGCGGGGCAUCGUGUCACCAUGACAAGCCCAGAGGGGAGGUAUUAGGAAUAGAUAUAAUAUUACACCAUUUCCUCUAGGAGUAUAUAAAUGAACAGGCUUCUAAAAGGUUGAGACACUGUUUUUUUAGAGAUGACUGUCUUAAAGCAUUCUUGACAGCAAAACUUGUGCUCCGUAAAAGAAGCCUUUUUUCUAUGAGGUGGGUCAGGUGCUGGAUUGCUAGCACAGAGCAAGUGUGAAAACAGAAAACGAGGUGUGGUGGGGGCAUAUAUGUGUGAGUGCCUCUAAUUGUUUUGGUGACUGGGCAGUGCACACCAGGGUUUUUGGGUUUUUUUUCCUUUGAAUACAGAUCACCAUGGUGCUACAACUUUUUUUCCUUUUUUUUUUUUAUUUUUAGAAAUUUAAAAGAGGCAUUUUUAUGAAUAAAGUGACCUUCCCCAAGGCUGACAAGCCAGGGUUGAUGAGUGUAUAAUGGAAUAUUCGGAUACUCCUCUGGGGGCCAGUGUGUACCAAGGAAAGGAUGUCAGUGGCCAGAGGAGAUGUGAUUUGGCUUUGCUGGGGUGCCAGUGUGCUGUGGCCUUUCCGACUCCCACCCUAGUACCCGCGUUCUGCUCCACAC